GCUCUUCUUGCGCUCGGCGGCGGCGGCGCGCUUGGGCCGUGCCCUGGUGGCUUUCACCGCGAGUCGGCGCCCGCUGCGCACCAGUCCACCGAGCCAAGCUUUCGCCAAGGAGCUCUUCCUGGGCAAAAUCGAGAAGGAGAGGUGUGUCCAGGUGCAAUGAUUACAGCACUGCAGCAAAGAGUCCCAGGUCCCAGCCUGUCUCAUUUCAUGCUCCUCUUUCUCCAAACCUAUGGCGCCACCUCCCCCAUCCGCACUCUCACCUGUCGGCUUUGCCUCCUGUUUCACUGAGAAAAUACACGCAGUCAGAAAGAAGUUUUCCCAUUUCCGGAAGUUAGCCAAGAUGAACUUAAUGAAAUUAAUCAGUUUGUGGGACCUGUAGAAAAAUUCUUCACUGAAGAGGUGGACUCUCAAAAAAUCGACCGAGAGGGAAAAAUCCCAAAUGAAACUUUAGAGAAACUGAAGAGCCUGGGGCUUUUUGGGAUGCAAGUCCCAGAAGAAUACGGUGGCCUGGGCCUCUCCAACACCAUGUACGCGCGGCUGGGGGAGAUCAUCAGCCUGGAUUGCUCCAUCGCCGUGACGCUGGCAGCACACCAGGCCAUCGGCCUCAAGGGCAUCAUCUUGGCCGGCAGCGAGGAGCAGAAGGCCAGGUACCUGCCCAAGCUGGCUUCCGGGGAGCACGUGGCCGCCUUCUGCCUGACGGAGCCAGCCAGUGGGAGCGAUGCCGCCUCCAUCCGGACCAGGGCCACGUUAAGUGAAGAUAAGAAACACUACGUCCUCAAUGGCUCCAAGGUCUGGAUCACCAAUGGAGGACUAGCCAGUGUUUUUACUGUGUUUGCAAAGACAGAGGUUGUUGAUUCUAAUGGCUCAGUAAAGGACAAGGUCACAGCGUUCAUAGUAGAGAGAGACUUUGGUGGAAUCACCAGCGGGAAACCUGAGGAUAAGUUAGGCAUCCGAGGCUCCAACACCUGCGAGGUCCACUUUGAGAACACCAGGGUGCCCGUGGAAAACGUCCUCGGAGAAGUUGGAGGCGGCUUUAAGGUGGCCAUGAACAUCCUCAACAGCGGGCGGUUCAGCAUGGGCAGUGCCGUGGCUGGGAUGCUCAAGAAACUGAUCGAGAUGACCGCUGAGUACGCCUGCACGAGGAAACAGUUCAACAGGAACCUCAGCGAGUUUGGCUUGAUUCAGGAGAAGUUUGCCCUGAUGGCUCAGAAGGCUUACGUGAUGGAAAGUAUGGCCUACCUCACUGCGGGGAUGCUGGACCAGCCGGGCUUCCCUGACUGCUCCAUCGAGGCCGCCAUGGUGAAGGUGUUCAGCUCCGAGGCCGCCUGGCAGUGUGUGAGCGAGGCGCUCCAGGUCCUCGGGGGCUCAGGCUACAUGAGGGACUACCCGUACGAGCGCAUCCUGCGCGACAGCCGCAUCCUGCUCAUCUUCGAGGGAACCAACGAGAUUCUCCGGAUGUACAUCGCCCUGACAGGCUUGCAGCAUGCCGGCCGCAUCCUGACUGCAAGGGUCAAGCAGCUUAAACAGGGCAAUGUGACCACCAUCAUGGAGACUGUCAGCCGGAGGGUUCGGGACUCCCUGGGCCGAACUGUGGACCUUGGGCUGACAGGGAAGCUCGGAGCCGUGCACCCCAGCAUGGAGGACAGUGCCCACAAGCUCGAGCAGAACGUGCACUACUUCAGCCGCACGGUGGAGACCCUGCUGCUUCGCUUUGGCAAGACCAUCGUGGAGGAGCAGUUGGUCUUGAAGCGAGUGGCCAACAUCCUCAUCAACCUGUACGGGAUGACGGCCGUGCUGUCGCGGGCCAGCCGCUCUAUCCGCGUGGGGCUCCAGAACCACGACCAUGAGGUUCUGUUGGCCAACAUCUUCUGCACGGAAGCUUACUACCAGAAUCUCUUCGCUCUGUCUCAGCUGGACAAGUAUUCUCCGGAAAAUCUCGAUGAACUGAUCAAGAAAGUGUCCCAGCAGGUCCUAGAGAAGCGAGCCUACGUCUGUGCCCACCCUCUGGACUGGACAUCCUGAAGCAGGGGGACAGCAUCCCUGCUGCUGUCCGCCUGACACACGCCUUCCGGAAGGUAGAGAACUUGCUUUAUUACAAGCUGACCAAGUUCUCUGACGGGCUUUCUCCAGGCCCCCGUGGGCACUAUUGCCUGACACGAUCCCGGGCUCUGAGCCGACACGGGGAGAGCGCGGAGCUGCUGAGACUCGCCUCACCGGGAGGCUUCGGGGUGGAAGCUGGCCUGGGGUGGCAGGGCCGCGUCUCAGCAGGGUGGCCAUUUCUGCCAGACCACACGUUCUCCAAGAAACAGCUUGAAAACCGCGUAUGUGUCAUUCUUUAAGCUAGGAGCCAAAGGAAGGACAGUUUGCGUUUCCCCUUCUAGUGUUUGCUGCACUGGUCACCUGUUUCCUCAGAGCCAGCCUCACGACCUCUUGACCCUGCGCUCCCCCCUGUGGUGGUGGCUUCCAGGGCCCUUUGUCCUCAUGUGUGAGAAGAGGGCUCCAGGAGCAGAGGGGCAGGUGCCCGGGCCACGGCGCCGUGCGGGUUUGGUCCUGCACAGGUGAUGUUGCUGCUGCCUGACAGCAGGUGCUGCUCCUAGCUGAUGCUUCUCUGCCACUUGACAAGGACGAGCAGCAUCUUCCGGCGGCACAGACGGGCCUCUACACACCUGCCCUGGUGUGCUCACCUGGCAGGCUUCCUGCUCGGGUGGUUCCCAGUGCUUUGCCCAUCACAGGCGUUGCCUUGAGGCGGCCAGGCUUUGGUCCUGGGAGGAGGAGCCGUCAUCCACCUGCGGGGCUAGGCCUGCUGCCGGCGUUCUGACAGCUCAUCUUCCCGAUGACACCGCAGCUUCUUUGCUGGCGUAGAUGGAGAGGUCAUGGCUUCUCACCUGGUGCCAGGACAGCAGUCUGUGGGGAGCUGUUCUCACCCAUGUGUCUUCAGGUGUGCGCCCUGGGGCUGGGAAGGGCCGGAGCAGCGAGCCUGCUGUCCCUGCACUGGACCACAGCAGUGACCCUGAGCCUGGGACCCUGCCUGCGGCCCCAGAGCCUGCGGCCUCUACUGAAGGGAGGUGACACAGCCCAGAGAAGGGGAGUAGACCAGUUUCAGCAGCUUGUCAGCACGUCCUCCGGUUUCACGGAGCUGUUACCAGCAGCCCUUAGGCGUCAGGGAAGGAAAGCACUCCACCGUUUAUCCAGUCUAGCUGUCUGGGCAAGGGGUCUCUUUCUGGGCAAGGGGUCUGUGGCCAGAUCAACUCACCGCUCUUUCUCCCUGAAGAUUCUGGUUCUGUUAAUUCACAGGUUUGGUUCUCUACCUAUAAAUGAUUUCUGGUCCCUCUUCACAAACGGGGGAUGAAGAAGACUUGGAGGGGUGGUGUGGCCAGGCCCCCACCUGCCCCCACGGGUGACAACCAGCUGUGUCUGGGAGCCGGAAGGGCCCAGCAGCGCCCAGAGCCUGCCGAGGCUGGUCAUGGGUAACACAGUGUGAAGCCUGAAAGCCCUUAGCCCUACCUUCCAAGGCCUCCCUUUCAUAGAAACCAAGCCCAGAGCGGUGGCGGGACCUGCCCCCCCCCCAUCACACAGCAAGUGAAUCCAGCUGGAACCAGAAGUUCCGGCCAGCCUGCGCUCUGAAGCCAGCCCCCCGCCGAAUCCUGAUUUCCCAGCCCAGGAGUGUGGCUGCUAAAACAGAACGGGUGCCGCCCACAGUUACCUGUCCCGGGCUUUGGUGCUGGAGGGGCCGGCGGCGGCUGUGUGUACACAUCCAAGUCCUGGGGGCGCCGGUCCCAGCCCCUGCUCUCUCGGUGCAGCACUGACUCCAGUAUGUUAGCAAACAGCGCUUUCUCCCUCCACUCCUACGUUGGGGGGCAGCAGGUCAGGGGGAGGCCCCUGCGGACGCCCACCGGAGACCCACUCCCGCUACCCACCUCUGUGACGGCGCCGAGGGGUGGCAGCCCCAGGUGAUGUGUCCUGCCUGUGCUGUGAAGACCGGUCACUUGGAACCUGUUGGGUGUGAGCCAGGCGUCACGGGACUUCCUCUCGGCUUUUCUCGUCUCCUCAUCUGAAUCCUGAGGCUCCACUGUGGCUGACAGGUAGCUCUGGGAGUACGUGAGUCUCCUCCUCGGCUCCUGGAAAUGCGAGCAGACGUGGCUAGAUGGACUGACAGCGGACCUCGGUGGGGCUGACUGGCUGCCAGUCUUGGGGGCAGGAUGCUGGCUCCUGGCGGUGCGGGGUGCAUGCUGGUUACCAGAGCCAGGCAGCAGCCCAGUGAGGGCCACGUCCCUCGAGGAGCGAAAAAGCUGAACCCUCCUAUAUUUUCGUGGGAAUGUACAUUGGCAAAAGCCACCAUAAAGGACAGUAUCGAAGCUCCUAACAAGUAAAAGGAGCCCAGCCCCAGGAGCACUCCUGGGCAUGUAUCUGGAGAAACCCAUAAUUGGAAAUGAACCAGGCGCCCCACAGUUAUAGUUCCAACAGCCAGGACACAGACACAACCAAAAUGUCCACCAACAGAUGACUGGAUACAGACAAUAUGGUACAUAUAUACAAUGGACUAUUACUCAGCCAUAAACAACAAUGAAAUAAUGCUCUUGGCAGCACCAUGCAUGGACCUGGGAUAAUCAUACAGUAAGUGAAGUGAGUCAGAGGAAGACGAAUAGCAUAUGAUAUCGGUUAUACCUAGGACUGAACACGAGACACACAUGAACACAAAAUGAACACUGUGUAACACACAGUGUUACAAAACAGCAACACACUUACUUGGAAAACGAACGUAGGGCUCACAAAAAGGAAAAGUAGAGGCAAAGGAUAAAUUAGGAGGUCGACCUUCAUGUACACACAAGCAUAUAUAUAUAUAUAUGUCUGUGUGUGUAUAUAUGUGCAUAUGUCUGUGUGUGUGUGUGUAUAUAUAUAUAUAUACACACAUUUGAUGGAUAAUCAACAUGGACCUCCUGUAAAGCAAAGGGAACUCUGUUGAACGUUCAGCAAUAACCUAUAUGUGAAAAGAAUUCGAAAUAGAAUAGAUACAUGAAUAUCGAUAAGUGAAUCAGCUUGCUGUACACCUACACCAAACACCACACUGUAAAUUACCCCUACCGCAACAUACCAUAAGAAUUAAACUGAAGAUGAACGCAAAAGGACAGAAAUGGGUACACUUUUCACCUCCUGCCUCGGUGAUAUUCACUAGUGUUACAUCCCCGCAGCCUGAGCAGCCUGGGGUCUCAAGGGUGCACUGAGGUGGAGCGGA